CGAGGCUUAGGUUACUAGCGUGUUCGUGUCAGCCGGUGUCGGUCGUGGCGUUCUGGGCGGUGCGGGGGGCGCAGACGUGCAGGACUGGCUUCAGUACAGAAAUUCUGGACAGCUGCAGUAGUUACAAGAAUUUAUAGCAUCAGGCUCCCCUGAAGACCUUGGUGCUUCCACUUCUUCUGCAGCACCAUGGGCUUCUCCCAGAUCAUGGUGAUAUUUCUUCUACAGUAUCUGAUCGCCACUGUUGCUCCUGCUAGUGUCCCUUCCCAUGAGCCUUAUCCAUCCCCAGACUUCAUAAAGGCCAUGAGACCAGAGACAGUCCCACAUACCACCACAGAAACCACGACCAAUUCCGACCCGCACGUUCUGGUGAAAGCGGCCGCACCAACAGUGCUGCCACCUAACGCCCGAGAGCUGGAGUUCAACUUCGCGGCCGCGCCGGGAGGCGGCGUGACCGUCACGGUGACCGCGCCGCCGUCGCUGCUCGCGGAUUGCCCGCUGCUGGAAAUGCGUUCCCUGGAAGACCAGGCCACAUCGCGCCGUCUGCCCCGCUCCCGCUCCCGCUCCACGCUCUUCCCGCUGAUGCCCAGCGGCGACUACUCCGCGCGGCUCAUCUGCGACUGCGUCACGGACGCCGUGCCCCGCGACGCCUCGCGGCUCGACUGCGCCGUCAGUUGGCGGUCGGCGCCGGCCGGCGGCUCGAAGUUCGUCGCCGUGCACGGUGUCGACAUGGAGGCCUGGCAGGUGUCGAUCGGCCACAGCCAGCUGCCGUCGGGCCCGGCUGGCCCGGCGCUGGCCGUGAGCGUGGUGCAAGCACGGCGUGCGUUUCGAGCGGCUGCGCGUGUGGCACGAUGGCUGCACGGACGGCUCUCUGGCAGACGGUUGGCUGAAGCUGGAGGCCGCCGAGACGCUGCAGCUCGACGCCAACUGCACGCUGCGCUACGACAGUCCGAUCCAGCUGGAGGUGGAGCCGGACGUCUGGUUCUGCUGGGAGAGCACGGGAGCCUGUCGAUCGGAGAUCUACACGAUUCCCGCCCUGCAGAGGCUGACGUUGACAACCGGGGCGGAGGCCGCCCACCUCCGCCCCGAUGGCCGCCGGUCGCUCUUCCUCCCUGUCGGCCUGCCGCUGAUCGCCGUCGCCUUCGUCGCCGCCGGCGUCGUCGUCGUCACGCGCGUACACCGACGACAGCGGCGCGACGUGGACGUGGCGCUCGCCGCCGCCGGACGCGACAACACCGCUUUCGCCAGCCAUCGACAGGGGAGGCGGCGCGCGCCUUCGUGACGGAAGUGCGCUGUCUGACGGCCAGCCGGUGGGCGGCGGAGUACGGGCGCGUGUACCAGGCCCGGCUGGGCGCUGACGCGCCGGCGCUGGCCGGUCUCGUGCCCGGGGUGGUGUACACACUGCCGGAGCACAUGACGGAGCUGGUGGAGGCGCUGGCGAGAAGCACACCGCCGCCGCCGGGAGAUGGCAAGGCUGAGAGCCGCGGAGGGGAUGUGUAG